AUGUUUUGGAUCAUCGGAGCAAUACUAUUUGGUGUAUUGUAUGCUGGCUACCUGUGGCGUUCCAACAGAAACUUACCCCCAGGCCCUUGGGGUGUUCCAAUUUUCGGCUAUCUACCGUGGUUAAAUCCAACCGAACCUUACAAAACGUUAACGGCGCUGGCUUGUAAGUAUGGGUCAAUUUACAGCAUUCAGAUGGGCAAACAUUUUGCAGUCGUCAUGUCAGACCCGACACUGGUUAGAAUGGCAUUAGCCAGGAACGAACUGGCAGAUCGCACCAACUUCGAAGUUGUCAACGAAAUAAUGCAAGAACAUGGUUUGAUAUUUACACACGGGCCUCUUUGGAAAGAACAGCGAAAAUUUGUUUGCAAUUGGCUUAAGGUGAUAGGCGUGACCAAGUUCGGGGACAAGAAAAAUAACUUACAACUACUUAUUGCCGACGCCGUGUCUACUACGAUCUCGAAAUUACGUCAAUCAGAUAAUCGUCCGAUUGACACUGGAACGUUUUUUCUUGUACACAUAGGAGAUUUUAUAAAUCUCAUAGUGUUGGGUAAAGCGUGGCCAGAAGAUGACCCUAAUUGGAUUUAUUUACGAAAUUUGGCCGAAGACGGGUCCAAAAAAUUCGCCAUUGCUACUCCAUUGAGUGUUUUGCCAAUAUUGAAGAUAAUACCGAAGUACAGAAAUACUGUUUUUGAAGUAAUCGAGGGAGUUAAAAACACGCAUUUCAUAUAUAAAACUUUGAUGGAGAAACGAGGCAACGAAAUCCACGAAAGUGACGAUCUGAUGGCCAUGUUCAUGAAAGAAAUGACCAAGAGAACAAAUGACAAGGAUUCCCAUCACUUCACUGAAAAACAAUGUUGUUUUCUUCUGUCUGAUCUUUUCGGCGCUGGUGUCGAAACAACCGUAAAUACCUUAAGAUGGUUUCUUCUGUACAUGGCUUUAAACCAAGGAAUACAGAACGACUUACAUAAAUCGCUGGAUUCUGCGUGUACCGAUGGUGGAUUAAUAGGUUUAGAGCAAAUAAAAAGCAUUCCUCUGCUAAAAGCUUGCGUAUCUGAAACGAUGCGAUUGCGGCCGGUGGCUCCGUCUGGGAUACCGCGGUCGGUAAACACCGAAAUUACGAUUUCGGGAUACCGCAUACCAAAGGGGACCAUGGUCUUACCGCUGCAGUGGGCAAUGCACCACGACGAAAAAUAUUGGACGGACCCGGAGACGUUCCGACCGAAAAGAUUUUUGGACGACGAAGGGAAUAUGAUCAACCACAAGGCCUUCAUGCCAUUUCAAGCCGGUAAAAGAGCUUGUGUCGGAGACACGCUUUCCUAUUGGAUACUCUAUCUGUUCGGCGCAAAUAUAAUUCACAAUUUCAACGUUUCCCCAGAACGAGGUCUAUCCGAAAAAGAAAUCAACACCAUCAUGGACGGGGAGUUUGGCAUAACGCUAAGUCCGGCCGCGCACAACGUUGUUUUCAAAUCUCGAAUUUAA